AAAAAAAGAAAAAGAAACGAAAUGAAAUGUGUGCAUUGAAAGUUUAUAAAAUUUUAGUCGCGCUUUUGGAUUCAACCGAUGAGGACAUAGAGUAAAAUAAAGAAUUAAGAGAUGUGAAUUGAUAGAAAAGAGGAGCUGUAAAAUAAAAGCUUUAAUUGAAUCUAACAAGUUCAAAUUGUGUGAAAGCUUGGUUGUAUUUUUCGGCAUAUCCUACACAAAUUAAAUAAUAAAAAAUUUGCAAUUGCGUUUCAAUGUUAUGUCGGGACUAUAUAAAGUCGUGAAGCGUGCGAGAGAGUUUAAUAAACUUGAAUGAGUAGUACGAUUCAAUGUAAACAUUUCAUUAGACUAACGAAUUUAAUAUUAAACAAACAGUGCUAUACUCUAGCUAUGAGGAAAAAGGGAAACACGAGAUAGAGAAAAAAAAUAAUAACUUUUCUUUUCUUCCUUUUUUCGAUACAGUGAAAAAAAAAUAGAAUAUUAUAGACUAAACUUGGAAAAUUAUGUAUACACAUAUUCACAAUUGAUUGACGGCUCUUAUAAUAGCCAUUGAAUAUUGAGGGACAUUUUGUGAACUGUAAUUAUAAUAAGACACAUAAGAUACAUUGUUUGUUCUGUGUUAAUGGAUGUAUUAUGACUUAAAGGAUCCAAAACAAAAAACUUUUAAUAAGUCACAAGUCAAUCAACAAACCAGGAUACAGAUUGAUGAAUAAGCAGCGAAAAGAUUAACUGUUCAUAAUUAAAAUAACUUUAUCCAAUGAAUUGUUGCAAUAUAAAAGUGCUUGUGCUAUAUACUUGAAUGGCUUUAAAUUGUAAUUGAAUUAUAAGUGGAACAUUGAUUAACGCAACAGCAGUUAAAUUUUAUUAUUAUCAGAUUUCUUGUGAUUUCAUAAUAAAAACAAGUAUAAAGAAAGUUUCUUUUCUUUCUCUUGCAUUAACUAAAUAAUAAUAAAAAGUACAUACGUGAAUCUCACUUGAGGCGCGAAAUCUUAAUCAUCGCUCGAGGAUUUCACAAUUAAGAAAACAACAAUAAUCAAAGAAGUAAACGAAAAAGUUAAAAUAACAGAAACAAAAUGUUGAAAAAGGAGAAACCGAUGAUGACUGUUGCUGCCAUAAUUGAGCAAGCACAGAAUCGAUGGAUGGAUCAUCCGCUAGUUUACAACAGUCGAAGUUUGCAGUUUCAAGGAUCAUACUGCAUAGAUUCAUCAUUAUUAGGACAUAUGGGUCCUUUAUCUCCGCCAGAUCUUAAACCAGACAUUUCACUUUUGAAUUGCAAUAAUAAUAAUAAUAACACAAAUAAUAAUAAUAGUAACAGUAGUCAUAAUAACUUAAAUCAUCACAAUACAUCACCCAUACCAGUUCUUGGUGCGAAUACCUUCUCGCCGAUACAAUCUCUCAACAAUAAUGGACCGAGUAGUCCGCUCAGUUCCAUCGGCAAUGGGAGUGGUUCAAUAUGUACAUUCAAUCAGAUCAAACUUCAGUCACCGUCUCCUUCAAACGCAUCAUCCUCAUCAACACUCAGUGGACCUCUAACAACAACACCUCCAGCAACAAAUGCAAAUAAUAUUCUGGGAAUGGGCAAUGGCAAUGGUGGAUCAGCUAAUGGAAAACAAAGUCAGUAUCCGCCAAAUCAUCCGUUAAGUGGAUCUAAACAUCUCUGUUCUAUCUGUGGUGAUCGGGCUAGUGGCAAACAUUACGGGGUAUACAGUUGUGAGGGAUGUAAAGGAUUCUUCAAACGCACAGUACGUAAAGAUCUGUCAUAUGCAUGUCGAGAGGAGAGGAACUGUGUGAUUGAUAAGAAGCAAAGGAACCGUUGUCAAUAUUGUCGUUACCAGAAAUGUCUUAAUUGUGGGAUGAAGCGUGAAGCUGUACAGGAAGAGAGGCAGCGAGGAGGAAAAUCACAUAAGGGAGAUGAUAUGAGUAUAUCGUCAACACAAUCACUUGUAAAUAAUGGACCUGGACGUGACAUCACAGUGGAACGAUUGAUGGAAGCGGAUCAAAUGAGUGAAGCAAGGUGUGGUGAUAAGUCUAUUCAAUAUUUACGUGUAUCUGCGACAAACACAAUGAUUCCAUCUGAAUAUAGGGCGCCUGUUUCAGCGAUAUGUGCAAUGAUAAAUAAACAAGUUUUUCAACAUAUGGAUUUCUGUCGACGACUGCCUCAAUUCACGAAAUUACCUCUCAAUGAUCAGAUGUAUCUUCUGAAACAAAGUUUAAAUGAGUUGCUGAUACUUAAUAUAGCUUACACGAGUAUUCAAUAUGUUGAGCCUGAUCGACGGAACGCAGACGGAUCACUCGAGAGGCGGCAAAUUUCACAGCAAAUGUGUCUCACACGUAAUUAUACACUUGGUCGAAAUAUGGCAGUUCAAGCGGGUGUUGUGCAAAUAUUUGAUAGAAUCUUAUCGGAGUUAAGUGUUAAAAUGAAACGAUUGGAUUUAGAUGCUGCUGAGUUAUGUUUACUUAAAUCUAUAGUUAUCUUUAACCCAGAUGUACGAACACUCGAAGAUCGAAAAAGUAUUGAUUUACUUCGAUCAAGAAUCUACGCUUCACUGGAUGAUUAUUGUCGACAGAAACAUCCGAAUGAAGAUGGACGCUUCGCUCAACUGUUAUUGCGACUUCCCGCCCUCCGUUCCAUUAGUCUGAAGUGCUUAGAUCAUUUGUUUUAUUUCCAAUUGAUCGACGACAAGAAUGUUGAAAAUUCAGUUAUUGAGGAAUUCCAUAGACUUAAUUAAGAUGGUUAAGAUGGACAGCAAGCGAAGGGAGUAGAAACUCAUGUAUUUUAAUAUUGUGUACAUGUUUGAGGCAGCCAAUGAUGAAAUAUCGUGUAUAAUUUUUUUACGCUUACAAUGAUUCGUAUCGUUUAUUGCAAAUUUUUAUAAUUAAUUAUAUUAACUUUAAAUUUUCAAAAAAAAAACUAUCGAUAUUAAUUAGACAAAAAAAAAAUCAUUUAUUUUUAUUCUUCUUUGACUGCGGGCUUUAGUGUAAUUGGUUAAAUAAAGGAAAUUAUUGAUAAAUAUUUGAAGGAUAUUUGAAUGAUGAGAGGCGAAAAAUUGACUUUUUCCAUCCUCUAAACUUUAGUAAAUGAUUGAGACUGGACCCUUUUUUGUUUUUACAUAUAUGUAUAUUUUUAGCUCUUGAUCUUAACUUAUUAUUUUAUAAAUUUUUCCUUCUCUUAACGAUGAAAAUAUCGAGGAGGGAUUCAACUUGAUUUUUUUGGUAAUAAUGCUUACUUACGAAGUUUGAUGGAAUUUGAGGUUAUAUUUGUAAAUUUGAUAAUUUUUAUCCUUGCUAACCUUGAGGGUAUAUAUAGUUCAUGUUAAAAGUAUAGUCUAGGUUUACUUCAGACGAGCCACUCAAUAUGUGUCCUAUAGAGAUAACCCUAGGCUGUAUCCUUAGACCAUUCAAAUCAAUUUCUCGGACAUACUAGAGAAUAUAGCUUGGAUAUACCCGAGAAAUCAGACACAGAUGUUGCCUUGUUAAGUUUUUUGCCUAUUCUUAGAAAGCAUCUGUGGUAGAUCUAUCAUAAAUAACGAUAGACGUGAUUCUUUUUGAUUUAGGAAUUAUCACAAACAUCAAUUUUGUUGCAUCUAUUCUUUACAUCCCAGCAAACAAAUCUAUCCAAGUAAGAACAUUUUACAAUAAUUCUCAAGUUGAACGACCCCUGCAAGAUCGUUUUAUCGAAAUUUUUGAACAAAAUUAAUUUUUCUUUAAAUAAAAAAUGAUUGAAAAGUAUGAAAAAACUAAAAAAUUUGCUCGGGAACUUGAGGAUGUCAAUGAAUGUCAUAAGGUUGCUCAAAAAAAGGUUUCUUCCUGUUUUCGGACAAGCAAAUGACUUUCUUGAAUCCUUCGAAAAGUACAAAAUAAAGUGCAAAUACAGUUACAAAAAACUAAUAAAUGUAAUAAUGGCAUGAAAUAAAAGAAAAAAAAAAAUAUAAUCUACAUAAUUAUUAGCAGAUUCAGAAUAACAUUAUUUGUUAAAACACAGAUUACUGGACAGAAAUUUUAAGAGACAAAAAAAAAAUUAUGGAAAUUCAUACUAAAAAUGCACUUAAUUUUUUUACCUAAAGUUUCACAAACAUUUAUAUUGUAAAAAAAAGAAAAUCAAGUUUCUUAGGAAAUAAAACAUUGCACAGAACUUCUAACACAGAUUAAAAUCUUUCUUUUUGAGAUCACACAACUAAUAUAAGACAAAAAUAAAAUUGUAUCAAAUAUGCAGUUUAAAGUAUUGACUAUAUUCGAAUGAAUGGAAAAAUGAAGAAAAAUCUAUCUUAUACCUACUUCAAGCUUUAGAGAUUGCAUGGAGAUUUGCUUUUGAAAUCCUAAAAAUUUGAUCAAAUGUUGAAAUGAGUUGAAUUGAAACUUUAUUGAAAUAUAAGUUUGGUUUCUGAUCGAAUUUUGAUUAGGAAACUUAGUUUACACUGGAGGAUAUCUCAAAAAAGUUUAAAAUUUUCAAUUUUUGUGAAUAUGUUGUUUUUAAGAUCACAGAAAUGAGUACAAGGAAUCUUUAUGGGCUCCGAACUCUGUCAAAAGAAGUUGCUCGUAAUAAAAAGUUUAUUGGAUAUUUCAAAAUAUAGAUGAACUGUAGGAAAGAAAUCAUAUAAAUGAAUUCUAAACUCUCAAGAUCUCUUUAAACUGAAUUAACCAAGUUACAAAUCUAAGUCAAAAAAGCUUAUCCAAGAUUUAAAAUUGAAGCUAGAAUUGAGCUUCAUUAAUCUCUAGAUUCAAUGAUAAAUUACAUUUCCAUUAAAGUCCAAAGAACAUUAAGUCUCAAUCAACAUCUUAAGGACAAAAACAAUUAAAUCAUAAAGUUCAAUCAACUUCAAGUAUUAAACAACAAAUGAUUCAUCAUCAAUCAACAAUUGAAUCGUUGGUAAAGAAGUAAAUAACUAUGCAGCCUGAAGCUUGAAUCUAAUCAAAAUUUUUCUCCAUUUCUUUUUUAAGAAAAUAUGUUGUUGUUUUUAGAUUAAUAAUUCUUGAAUUAAUUCGAUAAGUUUAUAAUUUUUUCAAUAUUUGUUGCAACAAAAAAAGAAGGGUUCAUGGGGCGAAUUAUUUUAAAUCUAAUGGUUUCUUUAAAUGUUUUUGUCUAAUAUUGUAGCUUAAAUUUUGUUUAGCCAUUCUUUCUCUAUUCCCCUCCAAAAUCUUGCAACAGUAGAUCUUUAGAAUUAAUUCAAAGAGAGAAUAAAUCUUUUUUUGCUAGGUUUUAAGUCAGUUUCAAUUAUAUGUUAAGAUAUUCAUGAUAAAAAAAGAAAAUAUUAUGAAAUGGUGAUAGACAUGCAAAAACUAUAAAUAUAAAAAGAAUAUAACUAAUUAUUAAAUAAUGAAUUCGACACUCAUUAAAAUAUGAUUAAUAAAAAAUAAUAAUUUCUGUUGUGAUUAUAAAUUGCCUGAUGUUUGAUCACCAUAUUAUUAAUGAUUGACUAUUUACGGAUGAAUGGAAGUUAGUUUAGUUCAGAAUUUUUUUAAAAAUAUUUGUUGAUGAUAAAUCAAAUUUAAAGGCAAAAUUACGAAAAAAAUUUACAUUUUUUUGCUUCACUUUAGCUGAGGAAUCUGAAAAAGCUUUCUGUUUACUCUUAUUUUUAUUAUGGAUAUAAAAGCCAGUGAAAUAGAAAAGCAAGUGAGAAAUUAUAUAAAUUAAAAAUGGAUGAAAAGACGUUUUUUCAAGCCAUUCUCUGGAAAGUGAAGUCUUUUCGGUUCUGUUGAUUGUUUGUUAUUUUCAAUUCAAUGUACCUUAAAGCUUCAUUAAAGCCUUAGUUCAGCAAAAGUUAUUUUAUCAAUUUUGAUUGUUAUUUGAAUUUUUCAAAACCCUACAAAUUAUUUACAAAUUUGUCCAAAACUUUACAAUUCUAUGCUAAAACCUUACAAAUUAUUUAAAUUUCCGUUAAAAUCAAUUGGAACCUUGAAAGUAUCAAUCACUUUCAAUUUUACAAUCCAUGAAUGAACAGACAUGAAUAUUUUAUAGCUCAUAUCAUUAAAUUAAACUUUCCAGAGAAAUACUUGAAAAUUUCUGCAGCAUCCCAGCAAUAAAAGUCAUUAUAACAUCCUUGACUUACCUUCAAGCGAAUAAGGUGUUUUUUUAAAUUAAAUUUAUGGUGCAAAAAUAUGGACAAAAAUAAUAACUUUUAAUCAAUAUUGGCUACGAGUUAAUUUAUGGUUGAGAAAAUAAAUUAAAAAUAAAAAAAAUAAAAUUUAUAAAAUAUGACAAAAGAUUAGCCAGAGAAUUAAUACAAAUGAUAUAAGAUCAUGCAAGAAUCAUUCCAUAAACUACUAACAAAUUUUCAUAUUCUCAACUUUACAUUUUCUUUCCUUCUUUUAACUCUCCUUAGUGGCAUUCAUUAAUGUGUGACAUGCAAGGAAGCAAAUAAAUAAAAAAUUCGUGUAAUUUCUUUUUUAUAAAAUCAAAUCUGAUGAUAAAUUAUGUGCAACGUAUCAAAGAUUAUUAAUAAAAAUGACGAUUUUUUAAAAUGAAAAUAAAUUUUAGGCAAUUAAAAAAGUUUCUAAAUUAUAUAAAGAAAUAUGUUAGGAAUUAUGAUAUAAAACAAUUCGAGUAAAACUUUAUGUCGUAGAAUUUUUUUUUAUUUAAAAUAUUAAGGGGUCCUCAAAUUGAAUAAUCAAAAUUUUCUGGAAAAAUUAAAAUUAUUUAAAUUGAGGAUCACUUGAAAUAAUAUGAAUAUGUAGCUUGACUAGUUUGUAAUGGAAGUGAGGUGAUUUUACAUCCUUAGUUUCAUGCUGCUCGUACCUUUGUUAAGCUUAAAAAAGACAAUUGGAAAAUAUCACGCACAAAAUUUAAAAUUCGACGUACUCAAAAAUUCUAUAAACUAAGCUCUAAAUUCCCAGAAUUUCACAUCACUUCCAUCACAAACAAGCCAAACUUUUUGGAGCGAAAAUCUCAAAUUUUAAUCAAUUUUAACUCAAAUUUUACUUUCGGUUAUAACUUUUUUUUUAUAAAAAAAUGUGUUAAAGAAAUUUUAAUCAGUUGACCAGAACUGACCAUAAUGGGUAAAAUGUGGUCAGACCUCUCUUUGUAUUAUGAGAAAAAAAGUGUUAUGCCUUAGAGAUUCUGACUUUUGAAUGAAAAAAAAAACCUUAUUUCCAUUUAUUAAUUUUUUUCCAUUGUAAAAAACUUAAAUCGGUGAAAAAUUUGAAUUUUAAAGUAGUUGAUAGUAAUACACUAAAUUACAUUGCAUUACAGGAGUUUAUAAUCUUGAAAGAAAAAAAUUUAAAAAAUGAUAGGAUGAAGAAAAUUAAUCGAAGUAUUACUACGAGUUUAAAGAAAAAAUUUAAAAUUAAUGAUAAAAGUUUUUAUUAUUAGAAUCAUAAGUGGACGUAAAAAUGGUUGAACAAAAAAAUAUUGAAAGAUCAUAUACAGCGAUUUAUUUGACUGAAGCUACUAGAAAAGCAUAAGCUUGAAUGAUUUGCAUCACAAUUAUUAAGACAUACUCACUGGAUAGAGUUGGAAAUCGAUUGAAAGAUAAUUUAAAUCUUAACGGCUGAAAAAAAUUGAAUUUAUUUCAUAUUUUAAUAAAGUUACUCACCCCUCUCAAAGUGAGGUUUGAAUUUCAAGUUUCCGUUAUUUUUAAAAAGUUAAAUUUUGAUUUAAUAAUCCUUUAAGUUGAGCUUACAAAGUACAAAAUUCUUGACCACCAACCUCUAUCCUCAAGCAAAUCAUCAAAGAAUGUUAAUUUUCUUUAAAAAAAUUGAUCAAUCGAACAACUCUAAGUUUGAAUUAUGCUCACAAAUGACUUCUUGAGAAUGAACAAUAACAAAAUAUUGCAAAAUGGGGGAACAAAAAAUUGAAGAUCUUCCGUUAAUUUAAAUUUUUGAAUUCGCUUCAUAUUUUCGUUGAAAAACAAUUCAAAUUGCAAAAGAUCGUUACAAAUUUAAACGAGCUUUAAAAUUUGAAUUUGUCUUAACGAAGUUUAGAAGACAAUUUAAAAUUCAAAAAAUGAUUUAAUGUAAACUUAUCACCCAACGACUGCAAACAAAGAAAACUUCAGUUUGAUUCGAAAAAUUCAAACUGAAAUUCGAAAAAUUUCGAACUGUUUCGAACUAUUGAAUUUUUUAAAAAAAUAAAUGAUCGUUAGGGAAUUAAUAAAAAUAUAUUUAUUCUAGUUAUUUUUUGAAGCAAAAUUAUUCCUUUUAUGUACCAAUCGACUUUGAAAUUGUAAUUUUACUCUAAAUUCAACAAAAACUUUUAAUAAUUUAUCAAUUGUAUCUUGACAAUGUUCAAAAUCGACUUCAAUUUGUGCAAUUACUGUAUUAAUGAAUUUCUGGUUAAAGGAAGGAUCAGAACAUAAGAUAAAACAAUUAAGCUGUCUAUAAAUAAAUUCAAGAAUACACAAGAAAUAUUUUUUUUCACAGCAAUAUUCAAUAUUAUGCAGUUUAAGAAAUUCAAUCCACUUAU